AUGGGCAAGUUCAGACUACCCGAGACCUUGCCGGAGAUCCAGCUCUCGCCCGAGCGCCAGGCGGCAUUGAUCGCCGAGGUGGACGCGGUGGUGCACCACACGUUGGAGCUUCGUGGGGCUUUCGCGGCCGGCGGUCGCCAACUCGACAAGGAGGCGUGGAAGCUGGUCAAGACCAAGGACGACGUCCGCGCGUAUCGUUCGCGCCGAGCUCUGCACGGCGGCGGGUCGCACCACGAGCGGUCGGAUGUGCUGUCGUCUUCGUCGUCCUCGGACUCCGCCUCGCACAGGUCCACCAUGGACAAAAUCACGAGCAUCGCGUCGUCCACUUCGUCGGGUGACAGCGACCACUACAGGCUCAAGAAGACGACGCGUCCGCCGGCAGUGGUGCUGUCGGGCGUCAUCGACGGCACGGCGGAAGACGCCGCGUUGGGCAUGUUGGCCGACACGGAGGCGCACGCGCUCAUGCGCAACUCGUACCUGGGCACGGAGCUCGAGGACUCGCGACUGCUUGCGGUCCUGGUACGUCCGACUGCCGAGAACCCGCUCAACUUCAUUGGUUUGAAGUGGGGCUUGCAAUCGUACGGCCGGUUCAGCCAGGCGCGCGACUUCCUCUUCUUGGAGGCAUCGGGGUUGAUGAAUGAUGCGAAGGGCAAACUGGUCGCCUACGGUGUUCGCCAGUCUGUGGAUAUAUCGGACGUGUUCAAGUUGCCGCGUGCUGGAGAUGUAAUCCGCGGACACAUGUCGGGCUGCCAGACGUUCGCCAACACGGGGCUCCCUCCUUCCGACGCGCGCCACCGAUCCGUCGAAAUGUUUUCGCGUGCGUUCCUCGAGCUGGACGGCGACGUGCCCGUGAACGUCGCGGCCACCGCCUACGCCGAGAACCUCAUGGCGCUCGUCAACUCCAUCGAGUGCGCCAACUCGUACAAGCUCACGUGGCUCAUGAAGAAGUCGGCUCGAGCUGCGCAUGGGCGUCUGGGCUCGCCCACCCACUGUGCCAACUGCACCCGCAGCUUGAACAAGCUCAGCAACCUGCUGAUGCAGCGCGGAGGCACCUGCCAAGUGUGUCGCCGUGUGCUGUGCGGCAAGUGCUCCGUCAGCAAGAAGAUUUCCGUGGGGAUCGGCGCCGAGGUCAUGCAGAAGUCCAUGCUCUUCUGCCUAGAGUGUCUGCUCGAAGCCAAACAGGUACCUGCACGCAACGUGGCGGUGGACAUGCUCAAUUGGUAG